AAGCACAGUAAACGACACAGCACACAGUGUGCGUGAGUGUGUUGUGCAAGUAAACAAAAAGUUUCAAAAAACCGAUUCAGUAGUAGCUCUUUUAGCCCUCUUUUGUACUCUCUCAUCUUUUUCCUCACCGUCUGCAAAUUUUUUUUCUCUCUCUGAUACACUAACAAUGGAGGAAGAGUACUCUAUGGAUCCGGCGCAGUUACUGGAAGCAGCUACUGACUUUGCGUAUCAUCCUGGCGCUCAUUCCGAUGCUUCAGCUCAAGACUUUCUCAAUCGAUUUCCUCUUCCAGCCAUUAUCAAUGCUUUGCAAACAAAAGCAGAUUACCCUGGCCUAGAAAGUGCUUUGGUUGAUUGUUUAGAAAAGCUUUUCAAAACAAGAUAUGGAGCAUCACUCAUUCCACACUACAUGCCAUUUGUUAUUGUCGGUCUCGGUGCAGAGUCUCAGAAAGUCAGACAUUUAGCAUGCCAAACAGUAUCCUGCCUGUUGGAGAAUAUUGAUGAAGCAAUUGUUAUACAACUAAUUCAUGAGUAUGGAGUUUAUCAACUUUUGCUUAAUUGCCUCAUCAGUGGGGAUGCGGAAGUUGCUGCUUCAUCUACAGAUGCAAUUAGGAAACUGGCUACCCAUUCUAAAGGCAUUGAUAUCAUAUGUCCUGAUUCCGGCAAUGAAGCGACAAACCUCGUGAACUUCGCAACCAACUGUUCACCUCUGGGACGAGUUAGAGUUUUAGCUUUGAUAGUGAAGUUAUUCUCCAUUUCCACUUCUGUGGCAUCAAGAGUCUACAGCUCAAAUCUUCUUAGCUUGUUGGAGACAGAAAUCAGCAAUUCAAAUGACACAUUAGUCACUUUGAGCAGCUUGGAACUCCUAUAUGAGUUGGCUGAUGUUCAGCACAGCACUGAGUUCUUGUCAAGGACUAAGCUUCUCCAAAUUCUUACUUCUAUUAUUAGUGAUGCUUCUGCUGAAUCGAUUUUGCGAUCAAGAGCAAUGAUGAUAACUGGAAGGCUGAUGGCUAGGGAGAAUGCCUUUGUGUUUAUCGAUGAAUCUGGUUGUAGAAAUCUUAUUUCUGCCAUUAAUGGAAGAUUCGAUUUCUUAGAAAGUCAAAAUGCAGAUGAAUGUGAAUGUGCUCUUGAAGCAUUGGGACAAAUUGGAUUGUGCAGCAAAGGGGCAGCAUCACUUCUCUCAGGUGCACAGCCUGCAGGAAGACAUGUGAUUUAUGCAGCCUUUGAUCAGCAACAGCAUGGUAAACAGCUGGCGGCAUUGCAUGCUCUUGCAAACAUUGUUGGAGAAACUCGUGCCGAAAAGGAUGUAUUGCUGGAUGGUGAUGCAGAGCAGAAUCUUCGGCGCCUGAUCUAUGAAGCAGCAUCCAAGACUUCAAAGCUGACACCUUCAGGUCUCCUCUUAUCAGUUCUUCAACAGGAUUCAGAAAUUCGUAAGGCGGGAUACAGAGUGAUAACUGGGUUGGUGAUGCGACCUUGGUGCCUGAUGGAGGUUAUUUCCAGACGAGAAAUAAUAGAUAUAGUAACUGACGCAUUUAAAGAGACAGAAAAGAUAGGUAUGGAAGCAAGACACAAAUGUUGCCAGUUAAUCUACAAAGUUUUCACCUCAUCUAGUAAACUGAUCGCUGACAAUGCACUUUCGGGUAUAGCUACAAAGCUGGAGGAAGCUAUCAACAGAGGUCCUUAUCUAGGAAGAAAGCUUUCUGAAGCACAACCUGCAGUGAUGACUGAGCAGAGAUUUUAGUCUUCUCAACAUCAUAGAAACUAUCUUACAAGUUACAAGUGUUAAUUUCAGCCAUGACGUAUCAGCUUUAAGAUGUUAACCCUCAGUAGUACAUAGUGGAUCAACUUGCUUGCUCACUUCCCUUGUAAAAUGUUCCCUUUUCUGUAGGCAAACAGCAACAAAGACUGUAUACUAUGUGUGUAGGCAUUUGGUGCUAACUGCUAAAGUUGGGUUUAGCUAUUCGAGUUCACUGGCCUAUUUCA